AUGCACGUGCCCGAUCGUGUGCUCCAACAAUUUAGGCUACAACAACAUAUCCCGGGCCCUGUGGAGAUAAUAGAGAGAAAUCCCAGAAAAGGUGCACAUCGUCAAGAUUGGGAACAUAUUCAUAGUGCUUACAUCGGGAGGUGGGAUAAUAGGGAAGAACAGUUGGUGAUGGAGAGGGUUGACGCACCUGACCUAGGUGUGUAUUUGCGGUGGUAUUGGGGGAUUACUCGCCGGUGGAUAUUUCAGGAGAACAAAGCCCCUAAGGAAUACAUACCAAGAGGCCCAGUUGAGAGAGAGUUGGUACAAGAGCUCGAAGAACUUUCUACUAUGGCGCAUGAUGCAAUCCGAACGACUACCGAGCCAGGGCCGAGGAACACGUUCCUUCGCAUGAUCAAAAAGAUUCGGUCCGCUCUUCAAAGGACGCGUAAUGCAAGACGAGAUGGACGUGAGGAGCGACCAAUUGAGUACGGUCGUCGCCGGUUCCGAGGACACACAGGGGCAGGCUCAAGCGGUGCACAUGAUGAAGCUGGCGGCUCACAGCAGGCCCAAGCCGGAUGUUCACAGUCGGUUCGAGUCGAUGAGGAUGUCAUGCACUCCAAACUUCACACACAACCGGAUGAGGAACUGAUCCGAGCUCACGUCGAAGGUGAACGUGUCAGGGGGAGAGGGAGGGGGAGAGGGAGAGGGAGUUGUAUCCGAUUGGAACUGGAUAUUAUGUAUCUGAUUGAGUAUUGA